ACAUCGCCAUGGAAGCAAUAUGGCAAAUAGUUCACUUCCGUGUGAUUCUUGAACCUCAAUAAGUUUUAAUUCCUGCAUUUCAGAUGGAAUUUUCUUUAAAAAAGUUAUAGCGAUCAGUUUGCGUUAGAGUUGUAGAGACGUUUAUUUCUAAGUUAACAAAGAAUAUAAUCCUACAUUUGCAUUUAGUGAUACAAAUACCCAAAAUGCCUUCAGCGGCGAACGUCAAGAUUGAGAAGCAAAUUAAUUCCGAUACUACUUUGCCGGAUUGCACCGGUACAUCCGUGACUCCCUUAAGACAGGCAAUUACGAUUAUAGAACAUAAAAUUAGAAAUUUGGAAAAACGUAAGUCCAAAUUGGAAUCCUACCGUCAACUUCAAGAUUCAGGAAAAGACUUAAACCAAGACCAAAAGACUGCUAUAGCUAAGUACGAAGAGGUGGUACAGACGCUCGAAUUCGCUCGCGAUCUUUGUAAACAGUUUGUCGGCAUUGCGGCUGUUUCCGAAAAGGAGGCGAAGAAACAGGCUCGUAAAGAAGUCGCCGCAAAAAGUCAUUCGGAAUUGGCAAAGAUACGUGAAGUGUUACUCGUACAAGAUGCGCUUAACCAAAUGGGACAAGAUAGUAUACGGGACGACUUUUUACUCGGACAAAAUGGCGCUGCUAAUCUUACCAAUGCUGAUCUCAAAAUGCUUGACGACUUAUACCCGGUGGUCACUCCAAAGCAUGAACCAGGUGACGCAACUGCAUUUGCCAAUCAAGUACAGGCGGCCGCCGAGCAUUUAUUGGCCGUCGUUGAUGGUAAACAGAAGGAAGUGUUCGACGGAUCAUAUAGUCAAAUUAAGGAAGUGAUUGGAAAGAUUCACGAGAGUGGAUAUUUCGAUCAAGCUGUGGCCGCAGAUUACGAAACUACCGAGGUUAAUGAUGCCGAUCAGCAUUGCAACAUUGAGGUUCCCCAACAAAUUGAGCCUUUGGAAGAGGAGAUCCCUGCAGUAGACACCGUCACCAUAGAAACGAAUAGACCGGUUCCGUUACCUAUUGAACAUCCCUUGGAGCAAAUACAGCAAACUGACCAACAGAUUUAUUACCAGCCUCCACCAAGGCCUAUUAGUGAGGUGUUGGGCCCUGGUAGUUUUCACUUUCUUCAGGACUCCGAAUUGGACACUCCCGACACUUUACCCUCGCAAACGUUCACCAACACUAGCUACGUGCAAGCGCCGCCUCCUCCGAUUCCCCUUCCCCCAAAUUUCCAAACUUUCAAUAACAUCAACGUUCCUCCGCCUGGUAACGGUAUGAACGAAGAAAUAGCUCCCCCUUCGGUCGUAGCCCACCCACAACCGCAGCAAAUCGAAGAGUCCCAAAAAAUGCGCGGUCAGCCUCCGCGACCCCCCAAUCAGAUGUACUAUCAAAAUAAUCACUCAAACUCAAAUAACUACAACAAUAAUCGACCUCGUCAACCGAGAAGUGGGCCUAGGACCGCCAAUCGACAUCAAUAACGGUUGUACAUUGUCCAUUUUUCCAGACAAGACAAUGACACGAUUAAUUUUUAUUUUAAAACAAAAGUAUUGUCGAAGUAUAAUAAUUAGGCAUAAUUACAACAUCUCUAAAAAGUUUAUUUGACCUCUUAUAUUGUGACAACAAUAUUUUCGAUUUGUAAAUAACACAAUAUUGCAUUUCUAAACUAAAUAAGAUGCGUUUAUACUUAUUUCUACCCUUUCAGUAUCGCGCCGUAGUGGUAUAUUUUAUCUUAAUUAUUCGUUUAUUUUACAUCUCUCAAUUGUUUGAAGAAAUUACUAAGUAAAUUGCGGCAUUGUAGUUUUAAUAGUAGACGUAUGGGUUGUUUUUUUAUUAUCAAAAAUAUAGUGAAAUUACAGUGUCCAAGCAGCUAGUCUUCUUGUAGUUCAUUAUUAUGAGAAGUUUGUAAUCUUUUUCAUAUAAAAACAAAACAUUAAACAGCCCAUAAAUCCAAGAUUGCUUUUUUUAAAAAUUGUAACAUAUUUUGCCAGUUUAGUUUCUUACCAAGAAGUAUGUAUGAUAUUUGGUUAUUUUCAAUAAAAGGCACAAACAGC